AUGGACCUGGCUAUUCCACCAUUUCAGCUUAAUUUUCAAACCCAAAGCUCUGAAGAUGUCAGUCUAGAAACAUUAAGAAAUGCAUAUCCUCACUAUUCCGGUGAUAUAGCCGAAUUUACUGCAAAAUGUGAUACAGUUCAUGUAACACGACCCAUCAUGCAUUCAAAUCAUAUUCAAAUGAUACCAGCCGAAGCAGAAAAUCCACUCUGA